AUGGAAGCACUGCAAGGUAGAAGAUCUCUGCUGCACAAUGUAGCUGCUGGCGGCCUUAUUGGUGCGUGGGGGGUCCAGCAAGGACUUCUUGGCGUUCCGUUUGCCAGUCCUGCCUUCUUCUUCCGCUAUCCGCAGGUGACUCCGACAAUGGCAGCGUUUCUGGUGUAUGGAUGCGGUGCAGGCGUGAUGGCGAGCGCUCUCGGCGGCAAAGCUUUGUGA